UGCCUUCUCUUUACUACAUAUCUUCUUUAGCUUUAACGAGUCUCGUUAAGAUCGCAAUAAUAUUCCACCCACUAAUUGCUCAUUCCAUUCAACAAAUAGGCUGAGCCUCGGCUUCUGCUUCAGGAGGGAGGGCGGUGUUCAGAUCGGACUUCCUGAUAACCCCCCCGCGCGAGCAGCACAAGUGGUGAAAGCCACUACGUACUGGCUAAUGAUUGGCACGCUUGACAGUGAUUGGCAGGGCUGCCAUGACAACCCCACAACGACACCAAGAAAACCAAUAGAAAAGCGAAACAAAAUAUUUCAAUGCUACACUCACGCGUGGAUUUUUAGGGGGAGAUAUUAUGAGGCUGGUGUCAUUAGGCGAUAGCUAUUGAAUCAUUCAAUCUUGCACUCGUCCGUUCCUCUUUUUUUUUUCUCUGCUAAUUUUCUUUCUCUCUCAGGUCAUUUCCAUGGUUUUCAGAUCUCCUUUAGAGCUCUAUCCCUCCCAUUUCUUCCUGCCCAACUUCGCUGAUCGGCCCUUGCUCGUGGCGAGCAGCGCGCCCAGCGCCCGCUCUCCAGAAGACUUGUCCAUGUUUCAGCUACCGACCCUCAACUUCUCCGCGGAGCAGGUGGCGAGCGUCUGCGAGACGCUUGAGGAGACCGGAGACAUCGAGCGACUGGGUCGCUUUCUGUGGUCGCUGCCGGUGGCGCCGGGCGCAUGCGAGGCUAUUAACAAACACGAGUCGAUCCUGCGCGCCCGUGCUGUGGUCGCCUUCCACACGGGCAACUUCCGCGACCUCUAUCAUAUCCUGGAAAACCACAAGUUCACCAAGGACUCGCACGGCAAGCUGCAGGCCAUGUGGCUCGAGGCUCACUACCAGGAGGCCGAGAAGCUGCGGGGGCGCCCGCUCGGACCCGUCGAUAAGUACAGAGUGCGCAAGAAGUUUCCGCUGCCCAGAACCAUCUGGGACGGCGAACAAAAGACGCACUGUUUCAAGGAACGGACGCGCAGUCUGUUGCGGGAGUGGUACCUGCAGGACCCGUAUCCCAACCCGAGCAAGAAACGGGAACUGGCGCAGGCCACUGGACUCACUCCUACACAGGUCGGAAACUGGUUUAAAAACCGGAGGCAAAGAGACAGAGCAGCGGCAGCGAAAAACAGGCUCCAGCACCAAGCCAUAGGACAGAACGGCAUGCGCUCUCUAUCUGAAUGCACUCCGCAUAGCUCGGCAGAGUCGCCGUGCACCGCCGCCAGUCCCACCACCAGCGUGUCCAGCGUGACGGAGCGCGCCGACAUGGCCACCUCCAUCCUCUCCGUAACCUCCAGUGACUCCGAAUGCGAUGUAUGAUACGCAAAAAAAAGAGAGAGAGAAAUAUUUGCAGGGAAUAUGGACCUGAAUAAACAUUAUGAAAUAUCGAGGAAAACAAAAAGGACCAUAAUUAUUCAGAGAGAGAGAGAAAAAAAAAGAAAAAAUUAUAAAGCACGUCUUUUUUUUAAGCGCUUUCAACGGGACCCACGCCUUUCCCCUAUACCCCCAUCACUUGCAUGAAAUAUC